UCAGGUCAACGUGAUCCAAUCUGCCGUAUAAAACGCCCCUCUCGACGAUCCUUCGAGCACUGUUGUACUUCUCGUCGCCCCGUUGUCGUUGUUCCUCCAUUAUGGAUGCCGUAUUCGUGUUACUGUUUUCCAUGAUCGCAUCGAUCUCCUGCCAAUCCCCUAAUAAUCAAUACCAGUCACCCCAACAAGCUGCAAUUUUGAGCGAUGCGAGAUAUUUGGCUGGGGAUGGAACUUUCGGCGCCGCUUAUUCGCAAGAGGAUGGCGUCGAGUUCAAGGAGGAAAGCGACGUUUACGGAAAUCGUCGUGGCUCUUAUUCCUACGUGGAUCCUACCGGUCAAAGACGCACAGUGACAUAUACGGCUGGUAAAAAUGGCUUCCAGGCGACAGGCGACGGCAUUCCCGUCCCACCCCCGCAAGCCCCGCCACAGCCAGAGUACGUGCCUCUGCCGCAAUACAACCCACCCGAUUAUCAACCACCGCGUUACACUCCAUCCUCUCAACAAUAUCAGCAACGGAGUCAACCAGUGUACGAAGUGCAACCGGAACCUCAGCCUCAGCCUCAAUUUCAACCUCGACCAGCUUAUCAACCCCAACCGCAACAGUACCAACCAAGGCCUCCUCAACCACCACCGGAAAUCCAAUCUAUUCCUUCGUACAAUCCUCAACCGCAAUACCAACCCCCUCCUAGACCAUUGCCACAAUACAACGCGAUAACCACGCCACCCCCACGAAGGUUUUAUCCACCUGGAAAGCUGAACUUCAACAGGACUCCGGAUGGUUACUCUUACACGUUUAGCAAGAGCUAAGUAGAGUGUGAUUAGAAGGGAGGAGGAGGGGGGGAGAGAGAAAAUGACAAUAAGGAUUGUUUUUUUUUUUUAUAGGAUUUUGAAAGUCAAAAAUUCUGUAAAUUUUAUUGUAAAUUAUUUUUGCAUUAUGCAUUAGAGAGAUUAUUUUUGGAAAAUUUUAUUUUUAAAUUUGAGGGAAAAUUGAUUAUUGGUGAUUUUGUAAUUUUUCUUUUUUUCUUUUUGGAUGUAGAUUAAUAUUGGUUAUUUUGAAAUUGUUUUUUGGAUAAGAUGAAUAAUUGGAUUAUAAUUUAAAAAUUUGUUAAUUCGUGAAUUUUUUUUUUCAUAAGAAUUUAUCAAAAUUAAUAAAGCAUAAAAUCGAUGUGAGAAAUUGUUAUGUGUAUUAUAAUGUAAAUUUUUGGUAUAUUGUAUCAUAGUAAUUUGUUGUAAUUUAUUUUGAAGAAAAACUAACCUUUUUAUUAAAUACUUCUUAGAAUAUACUCGUUAAUUUACUCGUAUAUUUCGAAUUAUUUAUUUUAAAAGAUAAAAUUUCUAAAAAGAAUUAUAAUUUAUUAAAUCGAAUCAUUUACGAGAAACGAAGGUUUCAAACAAUUUACUAUUACUCGUUAAUAACAACGAUGGAAAUUUACAUAUUGCGUUUAAUAACGGAAAUGAACAAAAGGUAAAUAAGAUACUCGAUCAUGCAUUUAUAAUUAAGAGAUUGUGACAAGAACCUUGUCCAUGAUCUUACUUACUACAAGAUUUCUCACGUGAAACUAAUUGAACUUCCUCUGAAGUGCAUAAAUUUUGCAUAAAUUACCAAGAAAGAUAACCAACGAAUAAAUUAACGGAUUUAUCUUACCAAUUGAAAAGAUUCUUUCGUCCAUUUG